AUGGGCCAACGUCCCACCAGGCUAUGCGCCGCUGCUUUCAGCGACCAAAGUGUUCAAGGUGACUGUCCGCUUGGGAGUGAGCACAGUGGAGGGCACCUGCUCGUAUGGUGUGGAAAGUGGCUGGUCUUUGCUCUCAGGUUCCUCUUCGCCGUCCUCACCUUCAGCAUCGUCACAAAGGGCACCUGGACAACAGUAAAUGGAGAAGGGCACCAAGCAGCUCCAGCUCUACCUCUUCAAGCGUGCACACACAAACACUCAAGGGGGCGCACGCAGGACUUGAGCGACACCCCGAAGGAGUUGCAAGCCUUCUUCCGCGAGGCCCCGGAGCUGACGAAGCGCGGCGCGAGCGGCUCGAGCUGCGAGUGGCUUUGUGUGCGGAGCAGCGAGAAGGCGUUGGAGCUCCGCGUGCGGCUGCUUCCAGACGACCUGGUCGGUGGCACGGACGAGUUCCGCGCGGAGGAGCUGCCCGAGGAGUUGACGCAGAAGGACGAGGCGUCAACGCCGUCAGCCUUGUUUCAGCAGACGCCAGGCCAGCUGGAAGGGGAUGAGCGUGAAGACUUUGAGGCUGAUGAGGAAGAUGCUGCUGUUGCACCAAGGCCAGUCCAGCGGCCAGGCAGAGAGAAGACCUGGACACAGCACCUGGCAGAGAUGGAUCCAAGGUCUUGGACCGUGGAAGACAUCAGCAUUUGGCUGCAAUGGCUGGGAAUAGGGGAGCACGUGGAGUCCUUUGCCGCGCGGGGCGUCGAUGGUGAGCUGCUGCUGCAACUCAGCGCGGACGCCAAUUGGGCGGAGCUGGGCGUUCACGACGUGGCACAACAGCGGGUGCUGGACAGUGCAGUGGAGCCCUUGAGGUGUUUCCACCAUGGUGCCCUGGAUGCCACCCUGGCAUUGCACGCCAUUGAGGGUCCCGUGGCCGGGCAGAUCUUCUUCGUCGGUGCUGGAGUCACAGGUGGCCGGCACAACGCGUCCAAUAACAUCGUUCUCUCAGAGAACUAUGUGUCGCGACGACACUUCCAGAUCCUACGAGAUCGUGUGGGGCAGUAUUUGCUCCAAGACGUUGGGAGCACCACAGGGACGUUUCUGAUGAUCCGAGAGGAGCUGCCUUUGGAAGAUCAAAUGAUCAUCCAGCUGGGCACCACGGAGAUCACCGCCCACAUCGAUGGCACUCGAUGCACUCUGCUGGUCACCGAGGGUCCAGAUAAGGACAUCAGUGUGACGGUCCCGCCGGUGGGCGUUUUCAUCGGACGGGAGGGGGGAAAUGGGCUUUGCAUCCGAGAUCCCCAGAUCUCGUCCUUCCACUGCGAGGUCCGACCCUCAAGAGAAGGCUUCCUGCUGGAUGAUAAGUACUCGACCAAUCGCACUUGGCUACGCCUGGCGCCGGAUGGUCAGCCGUCCAAGCGCUACUUGCUGCGAAUCGGCGACCUGUUCAAGGUGGGCUCCACCCUCUUCCACGUGGUCGAGCCAGCCUCUGCAGAGCCUGAGGAGGACGGCGUCGCGCUGGGCGUCGAGGAGCACCGCUUGGAGCACACGCACUUCCCAGCCUCGCCGCGCUCGGACUCGGAGCUCAGUGAUCCUGAUGCGCCGGAACUGCACGUCGCACACGCGGCCGCGCCGGAACUGCUCGCGCCCGGCUUAGCGUCGCACUUGCGAUGGGAGCCUUUUCUGGACACCGAUGCCAGGCCCAUGCUGCCGCCCGACGAGUAUGCACGAAGGCUGACCGAGGCAAGACGGAUCAUGGUGGAAGGCUCGGCACGAAGGGCUGCGGGCACGGCCAACGAGCUGCAUGGGAGCCAGGAUGCGCGAAUCUUUGAGGAACGCGAGUUGUCCUCGCUGCAGCAGCGCAUGCGGAAUUCCCGAGCCCAAACCGCCUACACCUUGCAGCAGAAGCGAGGUGAACGUCGGGAUGAGGACCUCUGCAAGAUUUGCUAUGACAAUGACAUUGAUGUGGUGCUCUACCCCUGUGGUCACUUCAUGCUUUGCCGCUGGUGCGCCCAGAUGGUGUCGGAUUGCCCGGUGUGCCGCUUGGUGAUCACCGACGUGAUCCGGACCUACAAGGCCCAGCUUCUGAAGCUGCAGGCCUUUCGGGAGGCUUUAAACGCCUUGGAUGAACAAGCCAAAGAGCUGGAGGUGCGAGUCUCCAAGACGGGACUUGGGCGGGGUCCACUCUUUGAGGAGAAUGAGCACGACAUCAUUCGGUCCGCUGUGCUCGCCUAUGAUGCAGCACCGUGGCUCGAGAUGCCGCGGUUCACGAUCUUGCAGAUUAUGUUCGCUGUGAUUGGGCACCUUUGCUUCGAGGUAGGGCCACUCUACAAGACAGUGAAUGUGGAUGAGAUUGAACUCUUCACUGUCGCCCGCUAUGUGUUGAUCAUCCCCUUGAUCUUCAUCACCCUCCUUCACCUCCGCGAGCGUUGCCGGCCCCGCGCACGGCACGGGGCGCUGGUGAUCUCUUUCGUGUCGAUGUGGGAAUUUUCAGUGAAGAUCACGUAUUACACUUUGCUGUCCGAAGGCUAUGGCCUGGCAUUUCAAAAUCAAAGGAGCUUUGACUACCGACCCAUCUAUGCCACGCGGUGGAUGGGCUGGUUCUUCGCCAUUCCCACCUUGCUUUUUAUGAAUCUCUAUCCCAUCAUGGAGGACUACCCUGCCUCAGCAGUGGUGAAGAGGAUCUUCCCACAGCAGGCCUGCUCUGCUGCCUACUGUUGGACGUGCUACUUAGGUUGCAUCAUCUAUGAUCCUUGGUUCGGAUGGUUCUUGAACAUCCUGGGGUGCGUGGGCUACGUUGUAGUGAUUGUGGAUGAGGCAGUUUUAGUGGCUGAACACAUGCUCUCCACCAAGCAGCCAAUCCUCAAAGGCUACAGUAUCAUCGUGAAGGAAUGCAUCUUUGUGAUGUAUACCUGUGUGUGGCUCAUGGGGUGUUGGAGCUAUACAGGAUCCUAUGCUGUGCAGCGCUUCUAUACCGUCUCCGAUGUGAGCUUGAAAGCCACCAUGUCCGGCUUGAUGUUCCUGUACUGGAACACCGAGGAUUACUUCGGCCCGGCGGUCAAGAAGGAUGAGUGA